AUGCCAUAUUAUAAUUCGGAUUUGACGCAUUAUAUAAUUAAAGAUUUUUUUAACAUUCAUUGGAGUUUUAAGUUAACUAUUUUAAAAAACAUUAUAGACGGACUUGCAGAUAUUCAUGGUGUGAAUAUUAUACAUCGAGAUUUACAUAGUGGAAAUAUUCUUUUCAGUGAUCUUAAGGCAAGACUAUGUGAUUUAGGAACAAGUAAAUCAGCAACUGAAUCAACAGAUAAUGAAGAAGAGAUUUAUGGCAUAAUUCCUUAUGUUGCACCAGAGGUUUUACAAGGAAAAAAGUAUACCAAAGCUUCAGAUAUAUAUAGUUUUGGAAUGAUUAUGUGGGAGGUAAUGGUAGGAAGAAGACCUUUUUGGGAUAGAAAUCAUAAUACAGAACUUAUAAUUGAAAUAUGUGAUGGUUUACGUCCACCAAUUAUUACAAAUGCACCCGGAGGUUAUAUUGAUUUAAUGAAAAAAUGCUGGCAUUCUGAUCCAGUAAAGAGACCAAUAGCAGAUGAAAUAUUAAAAGAAAUUACGGAAAUAUAUCAUUAUGGUCAUAAACCUAUAAUUAUAAAAUCAUCAGAUAUUGGGCCUGUGACAACAAAUAAUCCUAAAGCCAUAUAUAAGAGUAGAUAUUUAAGUGACAUGAUAAAAUCUGCAGCUUCUACAAUAAGUUUAAGAAUCCAAUCCGUUACUUCAGAACUUGUCAAAAGAAAGUUUAAUGAUAACCAACUUGAUAAUAGUAUUGAUAAUAGGUUUGAUAAUGGCAAAAAUAUUAAAAGGAUUAAAAUAAUCAAAGAUGAAAGUAUUGAUUACAUCACAACAGAACUUGAAUUUGAUAUCGAUACAAAAUCUGACCAAUCUAACGAUGAAUAUAUUACUAACGAAAUCGAUUUUGAUAUUUAAUACUUUUUGAAGGAAAGAUUAUUAUUCCUUAUUUAGAUAUUAAUUUUUACACCAGUAAUGAAAAACGAGAAUAAUUAGAAAACGAACAAAUAAUUAUUUUUCCGAACAUAAUAUUUGAAUACAUUGCAGUAAAUAUUUAUAAUUUUAAAGUAUUAUUUUAUUGGUUCGAUAAACCACGUGUUUGACAAUGAUGUCAAAACCAGGUGAACGAUUAAUAGGCGUAAAUAGGUUACACGGCAAAGUUUGCUACGCAAAUUUUGCCGAGCAAUAUUGAAAAUAAUUUCAAAUAAUCUUAUAUGUGAUGAAACCUAUAUAUAUAUAUAUAUAUA